GAAAUUAAAGAAGAAUUAGAAGAUGGAGAAAGUGAAGAAAUAAAAGAGGAAAUCGCUAGUUUUAAACAACCAAAGAGCAAUGAGCAAAUUGAAUCUGAUGCAGCAUUUUUUCUUGCUACAACUAUGCCAUUGCCACUCUCCCGUAAUAGCUCCCAAGGUGAAGAUGCUAGUUUUCCUGAAUCUAUCGAUAAAGAUACAGUCUUAAAUCAUGGCUUAACUUCACAGCUCGACUGA